AUGACUUCUCCAGUGCAACCUUCCGGGCCCGGCUCCGGCAGCGCCACGCCCGGUCCGUCCUCUAAUGUCCGUAACGACCCGUCGACUACGACGGAAGAGACUCCUUUGCUCAGCAGGUCUAGCUCCAGCUCGUCCCUCCAAUCGGGUACGCAGAAGGAUAGCAAUUCUUGCCAUGUCGAGGAUGCUCAAUCCAAAGUACACAUCCCGCUCGCCAGAGGAAUCGCCAUAGGCUUGAGCUUAUGGCUUCUCAUCUUCCUGACAGCAUGCAACAUGUCUGGCAUGACCUUGAUUCAAGGCGCUAUCGCUGCUCAAUUUGACACCGAUUCAUCCGCUAUGUGGUUCACCGGCGCCUAUCUCAUCCCAAUGUCCUCUCUGGCACCUGUAACAGGUCGUCUAGCUACCAUCUUUCCGCCCAGAACUCUCAUUCUCCCUAUUGCGGCUCUCAUAGCAACAGGCGGUUUUGUCUGUACAGUCUCGACUUCCUUCGGAGCAUUUGUUGCUGGAAGAGUCAUUGCAGGCACAGGUGCUGCUGGUGUCUUGUCCCUUGCUAUCAUAAUUGCAAUCGAAUUGGCGAGUGAGAAAUCAAGAGGUCUUGUUCUGGGCUUGAUAAACGCGGGUUUCACUGCCGGGGUUUCCUUUGGGGCGAUUGUGUUUGGGGGCCUGAUGCCGGUCAUCGGAUGGAGACCAUUGUUUUGGGGACAGAUCCCCUUCGCCUUCGCCACAGGUUUGGGAGUGUUCAUCAGCAUACCUGCCGCCGCAGAACCACACGACAACAAGACUCCCCUCAGACAGAAACUUGCCCGAAUAGACUAUCUAGGGGCUACACUUUUGACUACAUCAAUUGUCCUCUUCCUCUAUGCAAUUGCAGAUGAGAUACAGAUCUUACCUCUUUGUCUUGCACCCAUCAUGCUUUUGCUCUUCCUCUCAGUGGAGAUCUAUAUAGCCACAGACCCCAUCAUCCCUAUCAAGGUACUCUCCUCGCCAGGUAUCCUCUUUUCGUGUUUUGCUCAGCUAGGCCUCAUGAUCGCCCGCUGGAGCGUCCUCUUCUACGCGCCUAUUUUCAUGCUCGCAGUCCGCGGCUCGUCUCCUGCUGCUGCAGGUUCUAUCUUGAUACCAACAAACAUUGGUUUCGGCCUGGGAGGCAUCCUCGUCGGUUUGCUUCACGUUCGCCGCAAUGGUGCAUUCUGGCUACCAUCCAUCUCUGCUCUGGUCAUCUUCACAAUUAGCACGUAUACACUGUCACUCAUCAGUACUACCAGCCUUCCUCUGGCCCUGUUCGUCGUCGUCGUGUUAAUCAACGGCCUCGCGACUGGCGGGGGAGUCAACUACACUCUUGCACAUAUUCUGCAUCUGAGUUACGACGAUACCCGCUAUAUUGCUACGAGCCUGCUUGGCACGUUCCGCGGUUCUGGGUCGAGCUUUGGAACAGCCGUGGCAGGCGGAAUAUUCUACCGUUUCCUUAGAGGCAGUCUAGAGGCAGGGUUCCUCCAGCUAGACGGCGGUGAACGGUUGAGCGAUGAUCGACGGCGUUUAGUCUCCAGCCUUGUUAAUACCCCGGGACUGGUUCAUGGCGGUGAUUUAAGUCGCGCUGAGCAAGACAUAGCGAUCGAAGGCUAUGCUGGUGCUACCAAGGGCGUCUGGCAGUCCAUGGCUGCGCUCGGUAUCGUUGUGAUUCUGUUUCAAGCUUUGACAGGCAAGAAGGCGCCCGAUGACAAGCGGGAGGCUGAUCAUGUCGAUGAAGAAGCUGCAAGGGUGGUUGUGACGGAAAACGAGGGGGUCGGCGAAGCAUGA